AUGGGUGGAGUGACGGUAUUGUUCUCUGGUGACUUCCGCCAAACUCUGCCAGUUGUAGUGAGAGGCACAAGGGCGGAUGAAAUUAACGCCUCUAUGAAAAGAUCUACCCUAUGGCCAAUAAUGAACAAACUGGCGUUAACAAAGAACAUGCGGGCCAAUAUUGGAAAUGAGGUGGAAGAAUUCUCCAAUGUUCUGUUAAAGUUGGGAGAUGGAAAGCUGGGUAACGUUGAUGGAACUAUCGAUAUACCACCUUCUCUUGGUGUUAUUGUUCAAACCCAAGAUGAACUCAUCGAGAAAGUCUAUCCAGGAAUUGAAGACCUCCCAAACAAGAGCAGUGCCUGGUUAUGCAAUAGGGCUAUUCUCACUCCAAAAAAUGAAGUUUCAACAAAGAUAAAUAAGAAAGUGAUGUCCCUAUUCCUAAGCGAGGACAAGACAUAUUUGUCGGUGAACACAGUUCUAAGAAAUGAUGACGCAGUGCACUACCCGGCAGAGUUUCUUGACUCGGUGACAGCACCUGGACUACCCGCCCACGAACUUAAUCUUAAAAUUGGUAUUCCCGUUAUGCUUCUAAGAAAUUUAAACCCUCCUAAAUUAUGCAAUGGGACUCGGCUUCGAAUUCGAAGUCUCCAGCGAAAUGUCAUAGAAGCCGAAAUUCUAACAGGCUGUGGUGCGGGAGAAGUGGUGUUUGUCCCCCGGAUCCCCCUCAUCCCAAGCAACUAUCCCUUUGAGUUUAAGCGCCUGCAAUUUCCCUUAAAUCCAUGUUUUUCCAUGACGAUCAACAAAUCGCAAGGUCAGACACUGUCAACAGCAGGGAUUGAACUAGGUGACGCGCAAUGUUUUUCACACGGACAGCUGUACGUGGCGUGCAGCCGAGUGCGAUCGCCAACCAACCUUUACAUACAUGCCCCAGGCGGUCGAACCACUAAUAUAGUAUAUGAAGAGGCAUUAAGUUAG